AUGGCCGACGCGAAUGCUCUUAAAGACCAAGGCAACAAGGCUUUUGCUGCCAAAGAUUGGGACAAGGCUAUCAAUCUUUUCUCUCAAGCAAUCGCCAUCGAUGGCAGCAAUCAUGUUUUGUACUCAAACAGAAGCGCUGCAUACUCUGGGAAAAAAGAAUGGGCCGCAGCCCUAAAGGACGCGGAAAAAUGUAUCGAACUCAAUCCUACUUGGUCAAAAGGAUACGCUCGCAAGGGCGCUGCUCUGCAUGGAUCUAAGUCUUACGACGAGGCGAUCGCUGCGUAUGAUGCUGGUUUGAAGAUCGAAGAUAGCGCACCGCUCAGAAAGGGUUUACAAGAAGUUAAGGACGCGCAAGCGUACGAUACAAGAGGACAGAAAGAAGACAAUCCAUUUGCUAGCAUGUUUGCGGACCCAAAUCUCAUUGGCAAGCUCGCAACCAAUCCUCGGACUUCUAAGCACUUGUCCGACCCAAACUUUGUGCAAAAAUUACAAUUUUACCAGAAAAAUCCUCAAAUGCUCGAUAUGAAUGACCCAAGAAUGAUCGAUGUACUUGGUGCUUUGAUGGGUAUCGAUAUGCAAGGAUUCUCUCGACCAGAAGGUUCAUCCGAAAUACCCACCAAUGACAAUACAUCUCCGUCGCCGUCUGCCCCUGCUUCAUCACCGCCUCCAAAACCUUCUCCUUCUGCACCUCCGACGGAGGACGUGGAGAUGGAAGAAAUUGAUGAUGAAGAGGCGAAAGCGAAAAAGGAAGCGGAAGCACUGAAGAAGUCUGGCAGUGAAGCUUACAAGAAGAGAAACUUUGAGGAAGCCGCGAAGUACUUCCAGCAGGCUUGGGAUGUUUGGCCCAAGGACAUCACCUUCCUGACCAACCUGGGAGCUGUUUACUUUGAACAAGGAAAUUUUGAUCAAGCUAUCGAAACUUGUGAAAAGGCUGUGGAGGAAGGCCGAUCCUUACGUGCCGACUACAAGCUCAUCGCGAAAGCGUAUGGUCGUGUAGGAUUUUCAUACCAAAGAAAGGGCGACCUACCAUCUGCUAUCAAAUAUUAUGAAAAGUCUCUUACAGAACAUCGAACCCCGGACAUUCUGAACAAACUAAGAGAGGCAGAGAAAAUCAAAGCCGACGCUGAACGAAAGGCUUACAUCGACCCAGAGAAAAGCGCGAUCGCACGUGAAGAGGGCAAUGUCCAUUUCAAGGCGGGUGACUUUGCUACUGCAGUCAAAUCUUAUGAGGAGGCCAUAAAGCGUGACCCAGUCGAUCCGCGAGGGUAUAAUAACCGUGCUGCUGCCUAUAUCAAACUCGUUGCGUUCCCAGAGGCGUUGAAGGAUGUCAACAAGGCUAUUGAAGUUGAUCCCUCUUUUGUCAAAGCCUAUAUUCGAAAAGCAAAUGUUCUCCUUUCAAUGCGUGAAUACGCCAAAGCACUCGAGGCCGUUCAGGAAGCAGAACUUCACGACGAAGGUAACAAGAACGCAACUGAGCUGAAGCAACUGGAGUAUAAAAUACAAACGGCUCUAUAUGAGCAGCGAGGCGAAGAGACUCAGGAACAGACCUUGGAGAGGGCUAUGCGCGAUCCCGAAGUUGCAAACAUCAUGAACGAUCCGGUCAUGCAGCAGAUUCUGCAGCAAGCUCAAAGUGAUCCUUCAGCUCUCCAGGAUCACAUGAAGAAUCCAACUGUCAGGGCGAAGAUCAUGAAGUUGGCAAAUGCUGGUAUCAUUAGGGCAGGCAGCAGAUAA